ACGGAGGCAUCCUGCGCUUUUCACAUCUGCAACAUGUUCACUUACUUCAAGUUCCUUGUCAUCGGUGCCGCUGCGCUCAGUAGUGUCCGCGCUGAGACACACACCAUUACUUUCAACAAUAAAUGUGGACAUGGAACUCCAACUUUAGUCCAGAACGGCAACAUUUUGUCGACUGGGGGGGCAUACACGUCGAACGGUCCCUUCGUGUCUGCAAUCGCCUACCUGCAAACAGGGUCGUGUGGGCUCAAUGGUGAAUCUUGUACUCUAAUUGAGACCACUCUUCAAAACCCUACCACCCCUGGUAGCGGAUCUAGCACGGACAUAAGCUUGAUUCCCCCUCACUCGUUCUCGGUGACGUCUGGCUUUGGGUAUUACAAUGGAUGCGACGGAGCUGGAGCGGACUGCAACAAUGCAAACUGUCCAGAUGCCUUCCAUACCUCUGACCAAACCACAGUUCAAGUGGCCUGCCAAGUUGAUAAUGUGAGUUUUGCAGGGCGUUUUUGUCAUUGUCUUGGUUUUGAUUACUGA